GCAUAGUCGUUUCGGAAUGGACACGGAACCAUGUCCUAGAUUUAGAACUUACGCGCGCCAGAGCACUGCCUGCCCCACUUGAAAAUCCGAGCGCGACGAAGGGCGAUUUGCUUCCCGAGGCGCACAUCCUUGGGAGGUAUAAGUAUCAGCAGGAAGAUGGAAGGAGACAACAUCAUCUACGCACCCUUCUCUUAUAAUCUGGACCUUCGAGUCGCUCUUUUGGUGCCCACUACACUACCAUGCAAUCCACUCUGCGGCUAUCCGCCCUCCUCGCGACGUGCGGUCUCGCGCUCAGCGCGUCGGUCGCCAUCAAUGGCACGACGCUCACAGGCUCUGAAGUGACAUCUCCGAGCGGGAAAUCCCUUGACUUUUUUGCGGGUAUACCCUACGCCGAGGCACCAGUCGGCGGGCUACGUUUCGCACCCCCCGUGUCGCACAUUCUCAACGAGUCGGCCUUCGACGCCACGAGCUUCGGUCCUGCGUGCCCCCAACCGACGGAUGGCGGUGUUCCUGUCGAGAAGCAAUCUGAGGACUGCCUGACCAUCAACAUCAUGCGGCCGACUGGUAUCUCUAGCGAUGCGGCCCUUCCUGUGUUGGUCUGGGUGUUCGGAGGAGGCUUUUACACAGGGUCUGCCCUGAGUUUUGACUCAAGCCCCGUGGUGGCGCAAAGCGUUGAACGCGGAACUCCCGUCAUUCUCGUCAGCUUCGGCUACCGCCUCGGCCCUCUUGGCUUCCCGCAGGGCGACGAGAUGGACGUAAGCGGUCUGCUCAACGUCGGCGCGCGCGACGCCCUUUUGGCCUUUGACUGGGUCAACCGCAACAUUGCAGCGUUCGGCGGAGAUGCGGGCAAGGUCACUGCAAUUGGCAGCAGCGCAGGCGCAAUUACCCUCCAGAUCCUCACCCUCACUAAUACCCUCGGUUCCUACAUUCGCGGCGCUGUCUACAUGUCUGGCUAUCCCGGCACCACGAUCCCGAAGCCCGCGUCGGCGAAUCAACCCUCCUGGGACUCGUUCUCCUCGCUCGUGGGAUGCGCGAACACGUCUAGCAGCGUUCUCGACUGCCUCCGCGGUGCCGAUUCGGAGGCUGUGAUGGACGCCGUCCGCGAGGUCGUGCCGAAUACGACGUUCAACUGGUGGCCGGCUCUCGAUGGCGCCGAUGGCCUGAUUCCUGACUUGCCAUUAAAUAUCUGGGCAGCCGGAGGAUAUACGCAAGUGCCCUCGAUUGCAGGCGCGCACUUGGAUGACGGUACUUGGUUCGCGCCGACCCAGAUCAGCAAUGAGGCGCUGCUCCGCCUGCUGCUCAAGACGCUACUGUCGCCGACCGUAGACUGCCACACGGACGACGAGCUGCAGAGCAUGAUCGACGAGAUACUUGCCCUGUACCCUGACAACCCCACCCUCGGCUCGCCGUAUAAUACUGGCAACGAGACCUUCGGCUUGAGCUCGACGUACAAGCGGGUCUCUGCUAUCUUGGGCGACGACAUGUUCCACUCGCAGCGCCGGCUCUUCCAGCAGACCUCGAGCAAGGCCGGCGUGCCGACGUACGGCUACCUCUUCGCGGACCCGCCGUCUGACGGCACGGAUCCCAGACUCGGUGUCUACCAUAGCCUCGACGUGCAGUACAUGUUCCACAACCUGACGAGCGCUGCGCCCGAGUCUUCCGUGCGCUUGAGUGAGCAGGUCAUAGACUAUUGGCUGUCCUUCGUCACGAGUUUGGACCCCAACGACGGGCUGGGCGUCGACCGCCCCCACUGGCCGGUGUACAGCGAGAACGAGACCAUCAUGCAGCUCAACGGCGCCAAUCUGACGGCGAUCCCGGACGACUAUCGCGAGGACCAGAUCACUUUGCUCAACGCAAACCCUGGUAUUCUACACCAUUAGUCGGCUAUCUAUGCCACAGACCAGAUGUUCUAUAUCUUUGAUGAUACGAAUGCUUCGUUGUACUCGAAC